GUGAACAUCCCAGUUUUCACUUAGUAAAACUCUUCAACUGGGACACUGGGAGUAAGAGAAGACCAUCAAGCAUGUACAAGGCCAGCUACCUGCACGAAGUGCAUAAGAAAAAAUACGAGCACUCUGAUGUGUUUGAGGAUCAAGGCGAAGCCUCUACCUUCAGUUCCAGCAUGGUGCCUGGAUUGGAGAGCCUCCAGGAGCUGAACGACCGUUUUGCCCGCUACAUCAAUAGAGCCCGUGUGCUGGAGCAGCGCAAUGCGGUUCUCCGCAAACAGCUGGAGACGCUGCAGCACAUGGAAGCCGAAGCUGGGCUCGAGGAGGUCUUCAGGGAGCAGAUCGGCACUAACCAAGAGCGUAUCCGUGAGCUUCAGGCUGAGCGCUCCAAGCUGGAAAGAGAACUCAAAGAUGCUGAGCACAUGCUGAGGGAAUUUACUGACAGAUACAGAAAUGAAUGCGAAUAUCAGGACCACCUGCAAGGGACCCUGGAGCAGCUCAAUAAGGAGGCAGACGCUGCGCUCCUGAGGAACCUGGAGUAUCAGAUCGAGUCUCAGUUUCUGCAAGAUGACAUAAAUGCCACAAAGGAGAGACAUAAAAAGAAUUUGGCAGAGAUACAAACAUACUUAAACAUCCUUAACCAGAUCAACCAGACUGUUGUUUUAAUUCCCAGUAUGUCAGUGGGGAUUUCAGAGGAGCAGGAGAAGCUGUUAAGUCAGAGGAGAGUUCCUGCUUUGAGCACUCAGUUAGAGGAGUAUAAGAGUGCUCUCUGUCAGCUGCAAGCACAAAAGCACAAGCUGCAAACUGAGACCUCAGCAUUAGAGCAGGCCAUCAAGAUCACACAAGAGAGCUAUGAUGAAGAGAUUCAAAUGUACAACGAGCAAAUCGAAUCUCUCAGAAAGGGGAUCGAGGAUGCUGAGCUCUUGCUGGAGAAAUACACCAAUGAGUGCAGACAGCUGGCCGUGUACCAGACCUCGCUGGAGAACGAACUGGAGAGAUACAAGAGGAUCAUUGAGAAUGAAGACAGCAGAUUGAAUUCAGCCAUAAUUGGAAGCCCCAUUAGUCUGCUCACCGCCAAUUACAGAUCACACACUCGCAGCCCCACCAUGACCAGCCGAGGGAAAGACAUCACUCAAGCCUUCCAGGACAUUGCCAGUGUCAAGCCCCGUCAAAAGAACCAGGCCAAGAAGGUGAUCAAAAAGAAAAAGGAUGUGCAAGAAGAACAAGAAAAAGAAGCAUAUGAUCAUGUCCAGGUCGAAGGGGAGGUGAAACAAGCUGAUGAUGUACCUGACGGUGCUCAGAUCAGCAAGGCUUUCGACACACUCUGCAACAUUGUGCGCAACCGCAUGAGAAGGUACAAGCAGCCUGAACCCAUCACUGAUUUUUAUACUAAGGGCCGCUAUGUCCUGGUCACAGGUGAAUCCAGCUACCUGGAUCCUUGCUUCUACACUACAACACCCUCUCCUGGACACAUUUUCGUCACCAUUUGUGAUGACGACAUCUCCCCAUGCAAGCCCCGUGAGCGUAAAACUCCUUCUCCUCCACCAAGCCCCUCCCCUGUUGCCCCCACUUUCCCAGUAAUUCCUCCCAGUCCUCCAGAUAACAACCAUACCGGUAAGAAAGACGACCAGUCAAGUGGGAAGGAAGAUAAUGAUGAUGAUGCAGGCUGUACCCCUAAUCCACAGGGUGGCAAGCCAAAGAACAAGAGAGGCAUGAGUGGGAAACGAGGACCUCCACCUAUGAAGUCAAGCUCCAGCAUGGCUUCGGAUUCCAUGCGGUACGAGAAGGUGGAAGUGGUGGAGUCGGUGGAGAAGCUUUCACCUGACCUCAGAGUGAAGGGGUAUGAGGAAACGUCAAUGGUUGUGGAGACCAUGAUUGAAAAGAUGAGCAAAAAGAAGCAUGGGGAUCGGGCCACAUGAGAAUCUGAGUCUGAUUUAUGCGGCUGCGUUUCACGUCAAAGCCACUGCUUUACACUGUUGCCCUUUGUCUUACAUUUUUUGAUCUACAGUGAAAAAAAAGCU